AUGCCACCGUCAGCGACGGCCGAGGCGCUGCGAGGAGUUCGCGAGUGCUACGACGAGGACUGGACAGUGGUCGUCCAUUCCCUGAAGGGCGACGUGCUGGACUUGCCCCCGUGCGCCGCCACGGAGAGCGAGACUGAGCCUGCAGGGCAGGUCAGCGGCGCAGGCCAGAGGCACUCGGACGAGGAGGCGGUCAAGUGCGUGGCCAAGGUCGAGCGGCUAGGCCCUGCCGCGGGGUUCGGGUCCCCGCGGGCCACGGGCAGCUGGCCUCGGACGCUGGACGAGCUCUACGCCAGCUUCGCGGCGCUGAUGGAGGAGGACUUGGGCGGCUUUUUCGACAUGGAGCGGGAGGACCUGAUGAAGUGCGCGGGCCGCGGCGAGUCCGCCCGCUUCCAGGAGGGCACCAUCAGCGCCAGCAGGCGGGGGAUGCGCGCCCGCGGCUCCCCGCAGGCGCGCACCUGGCACAGGAUCGCGGCGCUGUUUUGGGAGCUGCUGGCCAGCUGGCGCCGCUUGCGGGCGCCGCACCUCGUCUCGGGGGAGCUGGACGUGCUGGCGCGGCUGCAGGCCAAGAUAGGCAAGCUGGCUGCGCAGGACCUGGUUGGCGACAUCGGCCUUAACUCCCUGUCACUGCUGGUGGGUUGCUCCUUCGCCACGACGCUGCUCCGCGUGGUGCUGGUCGAGCCUUUGGACGCGAUGCUGGCGGCCUGGCAGAGGGCAAAAUUCCUGGCCGACCCCUGCGUCCCGCUGGUCAGUAAGGGCCGUGAUGCGGCUCGCCUGGCCCGCCGCGCCCUCGAGCGCCUCUGA